UAUCAAUAAUAAAGAUAGUUCUAAUGAUAGUAAUAAUGGGAAUAUAUAUGGAAGUCAAAAUGGAUAUAAGCAACACCUAGAUUUAGAGGCUAGAAAUAUAAAUAGUUUAGAAGCAACUAAUGAAUUUGAUCAUCAUUCUCCUGAUAAUUAUAUUGAUUCAAAUUGGGCUUCUAGUAUAUUUAUGGAUCCUAAUGAUAAUGACUUAUUAUAUAAUGUUGGGUUGGGAGCUAAUUCAGUAGGCCCAUCAUCUACCAAUCAUAUCAUGCAAUCUAUCCAAUUCCAAAACAAUAUUCAUCCGGAAAAUCCAAUACCACAAGGUCAACAUUCCACUAAUGAUCCAAUAACAGAUAAUUCAUCAGCAAAUCAAUUUUCUACGAUACCUACCAAAUCCAAACAACGUCGUCCUUGUGAUCAUUGUAGAAGAAAGAAAACAAAGUGUGUUAUAAUACCCAACACCAAUAAUUGUGUACAGUGUGAAUCCAAAUCAUUAACCUGUACCUAUACCAGUCCAUCUAUGAAGAGGAAAACAACAGAACCAGAUUCUGGUCCUUCAUUAAAGCGUAAAAAUGAAAAGGGUAAUGAUUUAUCCAUGUUAACAUCCAUUCAUAAUGAUCAAUCAAUAAUAGUAGCUCCAGACGUACCAAUAAGAGAUGUAGCACCAAUCCAAGAUUACUCAGUUAUUAAUAAUUCUUUAUUGAAGAAAACAUUAUCCUUACAAUUUCCUAGAUCAAGCUUUUAUGUUGGUCCAACAUCUUAUUUAUAUGAUGUCAAUUUAUUGAAUUUAAUAAUUGAUGCUCAGAAUAAUUCUAAUAACAACAAUAAUAAUAAUAAAGGUGGUGAUAGUAAUGGUCCAUCACCAAGUUCUUCAAUGGGAAAGAUUGAACAAGUAAAUCUUAGUAAUGCAAUUUCAUUAAGAAAAGUAAGUGAUAAAACUCAAUUUGUUCUUAAAGAUGAUCAAUCACCUCAAUCAUAUCAAACCAUGUCUAAUGAUGUUGAUACUAUUGAGAAAUUCAUAGCUCCUCAUGGUCAAAUCUUAAUUGAUUUAUAUUUCAGAAUUAUUCAUCCAUCUUACCCUAUAUUACAUAAGAAAGUAUUCCUUGAGAAGUAUUCUCGCACGCAUCGAGAAUUCAGUGCUCCAUUAUUAGCGGCCGUAUAUGUGUUAGCUAUACAAUGGUGGGAUUAUGAUCCUCAAUUAAACAGAUUCCCUAAGCCAAAUGUAGAACUUAUUUUAAAAAUAGGGUUGAAUAAUUAUUUCUUGGAAAUAUUAAAGAGACCCAAAUUAAGUGCUGUGCAAGCUGGAUUAUUAUUAUUACAAUGUAAACAUAUUAUUCAACAUACCAAAAACAAUGCAGCAAGUAAUAGUCCCAGUGAUCCAAAUCUGACUCAGAAUAAUAACAAUUCAGCACUUGGAGAUACUGAUUAUAGUGAAUGGGUAUUAUGUUCACAAGUUACUGCUUUGGCUGAAGAGCUUGGUUUAGGUUUAGACUGUAAUAAUUGGAAAUUACCUAAAUGGGAAAGAGGAUUAAGAAAGAGAUUAGCUUGGGCUGUAUAUAUGGAAGACAAAUGGUUGUCUUUAAAACAUUCUAGACCAACCCAUAUAAAUGAACGUAAUUGGGUAGUUGUUUCACUUGUUGAAGAAGAUUUUCCUGAAAAACAUGGUGAUGGCGAUUUAAAGGAAGGAUCAUCAGAUAUAGAUAAUGGCAAGAAGAUAUUCAUGAAUCUAAUUGAGUUAUCAAUGAUUCUUUCCGAUCUCUUAGAUCAAUUUUAUUCAAUGAGAGCCAUGGUUGAUAUUACAAAUGUUAAUGAUGUAUUAAAAAUUGCUAAGCCUUUACAAUUAAGAUUAAGAACUUGGUAUCAUUCAUUACCAAUUGAAUUACAAAUGAGUUCAGUUCAACCCAGAAAAUUGUGUUCCAAUGGUUACUUACAAUUAGCUUAUUUUGCUACAGAAUUAACCCUUCAUCGUAAAAUAACUUCUGUAAUUUAUCAACAAACUUUGGCAGGUAAUUCUCCUCCAAGAGAAUUAAUAACUGUUUGUAGAGCUGCUGCCAAAACCAGAUUAUUGGCUUCAAUUGAAUUUGUAAGAGAUUUAAAACCUGAACAUAUUCAUUCAUUUUGGCAUUCAUCAUCAUCAUCCAAUUUUACUUUAAUAGGAACAUUUGCAGCUAUUCUAUUCAUGUCUUCACCAAAUAAAGAAGAGGCUGACUUUUAUCGUGAUCAGAUCUUUAAUUAUAGAUGGAUCUUGAAGAUCUCAUCAAAGGGGUUUGAUCAAGUUGGAGAGGCACUUUCUCAAUUGGAUCUUGUAUUAAGUCGUAUUCCUGGUUUAUUGAAUGAUGGAGCUGAUUUGCCAAUGGUAUUACCCAAUGUUCCUAAUUUUGAUUUUCAAAGGGCCAAUCAACAAUCCCAGCAAAAGCAGCAACAGCAACAACAGCAACAACAACAACAACAACAACAACAACAACAACAACAACAACAACAACGUCAAAACCAAAGACCACAGACCAUUAUGAGUAACACAUACGGACCUAGUCCACCAAAUAACUUCUCAGUGAACAAUAAUUCUAGAUCCAAUUAUGCUCAGGGUAGAACAGCAACCUCCAAUCCCAGGGGUAGACCACCACAACAACAACCAUCAUCUCAACAACAGAGUUAUCGUGGUGAUUCUCCUUAUUCACCUCAAACUUUCAACACUCCACCAAUCAGUCAAAAUCAAUCAGGAUUACCCAAUGCUAGUUCACCUCCAACUCAACAACCCAUGUCUCGUGGAGGUCAAUUCAUGAUUAAUUCUCCUACAUCAUCACAAGGCUUAUCCCCUAAGGAAAUUAAGCAACAACCAAGAAAUUCGAUAGGGUCUAAGAAUACUAACAAUAACAAUAAUAAAACCAAUCGCAUUAAUGAUGUAAUUGAUUCUCAGAAUAGUACUAAUAAUAAUACUCAUUCUAAUAAUUCCCCUCAUAAUCGGAAUAAUUCUAAUUCCACUUCGAAUUCCACUUCCAAUUCCAAAGUUAAUAGUCCGGUAUUAAUUCGUUCACCCACAAAUAUUACCACCACUUCGUUGAUAUCUAGAACAGACCUGAAUUUUGGUAGAGAUUAAAUUAACUGUAAAUUUUUUAGUUCAUUUCUGUAUGUAUGUAAUAAUUAUUUAAACUUAUUCUCUUUUAAUUCAACGCAUAGCAUAAUUCAGUAACUGCUACAAUAAUCAAUUAACUAAUUAAUUAACUAACUAACUAAUUA